ACACUCGCGUCGCGCACCUCGGCCCGACGACAUCGUCUGGUCGCGGAGGGACACACGCGUCGCCGUAGGUACCCUGUGUGAUCACGUCAAACACCCCCGUCAAGUCCAUCAUUAUCUUCGUUCGCUAUUUCAUCCCCUCGAAAGCGAUACGGAACGAACGCAGCAUCCUUCUUCGACCACGCGAGAUCUUCGAUCGAGAAAUUCUCGUCCCUUCGGUGAAAUUCUCGUCUCGCAUCGAACGACUAUCUGGAUUCUCUUUAUCUUUGUUCUACGAUCCUUUUCCUUAUUUGCAUUCGCAUUGCACUCGCGACACGUGGUUCGCGACGAUCGUUAUGUGCAUACUGUGGCGGGUAGAAGGGUGAAGUGUUCUCUCGGCGAGAUACGUAAGUGAGACCACGAGACGAAAGAAGAACGAAGGAGUUCGUAAUCCGCCUCGCGAUAGGCGCCCGAUCGGUUUCUCGAUGCGCCCUUCGUCAGGCGGUGAAAGUCGCACGUGGUGGCAACUCGGCGAUCUCUGACGAGAGCCCCGCGUAGUGGCCGUAAGAAGCUGCGUAACAUUAACCGAUCAGUGAAAAGGGAAGGAUCCAACGUCGACGAGUAUCCUCGUCGAGAUCGACGAUGACGAGAACUAUGAAGAAAUCCUACUUCGUCUUCAUAUGUCUGCUGGGCCUCGUCGUAAGUGACAACAGCACGAUCGGCGACCCCUCCAUCACGGAGGACGCAUCGGAAAUUAACAAUGCCGGCAACAACGUCGCGGCCAACGCAGUGGAUCAGAAUGCUGGCUGGGGGGAAUGGUCACCAUGGUCGAAAUGGUCGCCGUGUACGAGAUCGUGUGGCGGCGGAAUCUCGCGACAGCAGCGUCGAUGCAGACGCAAACUGUGCAAAGGUCGAGCUUGGACCACCAAAUAUAAAAUCUGCAAUCCUGAGCCCUGCGGGAAAUCGAGCGAUUUUCGCGCGGCACAAUGCGCCUCUUUCGACAAUGCGCCGUACAGCGGGCAACUGCUCAAAUGGUACCCGCAUCACGAUCCGGCCAGGCCUUGUGCUUUGAUCUGCCGCGGCGAGCAAGCCCUGGAGAACGGCGUCAGACGCUCGCGGCAGGAAGUGUCGUCGGCUAUUGGGAAGACGUUGCCACACGACAUUGCCACCGACAAUCUGCAGUUCGAUGGCGACGAGGCGAUAGUGGUACAGCUGGCGGACAAGGUGGAGGACGGCACAAGAUGCUACGCGGACGGCACGGAGGUGUGCAUCGGCGGCGAGUGCAUGAAGGUUGGCUGCGACCUUAGAGUUGGUAGUAACAAGAACACAGAUGCGUGUGGCGUGUGCGGAGGGAAUGGAUCAAGCUGCCAAUCGCGAUACUCCUGGAGUUUGGAAUCGAUAUCCGUCUGCUCCAAGUCUUGCGGUGGAGGUUUCAAGGUAGCGAUGGCGGUGUGCAAAACGUUCGACGAAAGUGUCGUAGAAGACAGCUACUGCGAUGGGAACAGUCGGCCGGAGAAGACGGUAAUGUCGUGCAACACGCACCCCUGCACAACGAAAUGGAUGAGCGGAGAAUGGAGUGCGUGCAGCGCGAGCUGCGGCGGCGGAUCGCGCACGAGAUCCGUCUUUUGCAUCGAGGAGAAUGGAAACGAAACCACAAAGUUGCCCGACCACAAGUGCGGCGGCACGCACAAACCGCGCACUCAGGAGACCUGCAACACCGUGUCCUGCCCGAUGUGGGAGACCGAUAAAUGGAGCGAGUGCUCCGCGAGCUGCGGCACCGGAAUACGGACGAGGACGAUCGAAUGCAGAGACGGCGUUGGUGCCAUCUCUGGGGACUGCGACCCUGCGGAACGUCCCCAUACCAAACAGGAGUGCAAGACGAACGUCGCUUGUCCCACAUAUGAAGACGGUAUGAUGCAGCCGCUGGUGCAGCCGUAUCCGCUGUCUCCGGUGUCGGAGAAGCUGAUGGACCAGCCGAUACCCUCCGAGUCGACGUUCAUCCCUGAGGAAUGGUCCCCCUGCAGCGUGACCUGCGGCGAGGGUGUCAGGCACCGGGAAGUGCAGUGCAAGAUAUUCCUCGAGUUCAGCCAGACCAUCGCCAAGCUGCCGGACAGCCAGUGCUCCGGUCCGAAGCCCGUUGAGACGGAGAAGUGCGUAAUGGAGCCGUGUAACCUCCUGGAGAACAGUCUCUACAGGAUCGAUACGGUUGGCGAUAGCGGAUACGCCGACUCGGGCCUGACCGACUCGUACAGUAGAUCAUCGUCCGGCAGUUCCGGCGGAAGCGGUUACGACAGCGGCAUCAAGGUCGCCCCGGGUAGCGACGUGCAGACUACGUACUCGUGGAAGGAAGCUGGAUACACCUCCUGCAGUGCUACUUGCUUGGGAGGUGUUCAGGAUCUUAUCAUAAAUUGCGUGCGUGAUGACACCGGAAAAACCGUGAUGCCGCUCCUGUGCUCUGCGGAGACGAAGCCGGAGUCAAGAGUGCGAGUAUGCAACGACGUUCCGUGUCCUCCCAGAUGGAAUUACAGCGAGUUCUCCACUUGCAUGAGCCCUUGUGGUAUCGGCAUACAGACCCGUGAUGUUACCUGUAUUCACGAGGUGACGCACGGCACCGGCAAGGCGGUGCCCGUUCCGAAUUACAUGUGUCCGCAACCACCACCCGCCGACAGACGAUACUGCAAUGUCUUGGAUUGCCCUGUCAAGUGGAACGUAGGGGAAUGGGGAAAGUGCUCAAAAUCGUGCGGCGGUGGUGUGAAGAAACGAUCGGUGCUCUGCGAGCAAAUAAUGGCACAGGGUCGUAAACAAAGUCGCCAAGAACAAGAUUGUCCGCCUCAAAAACCAGCCAACGAAAAGCCUUGCAAUACCAGGGCCUGUCAUGGUUCGGACCUGAGCGUGCCGCCGAUAAUCACCAUCUUAAACACGACCUACAAUCAAACGGAUAUCAACGCAAAGGUGGACUUGAAGAUUGGUGGAACCGCCAAGGUUUUUCAAGGGACGGCAUCCGUCAAAAUUCGUUGCCCCGUCAGAAAGUUCGACAAAGCACAGAUCAUGUGGACGAAAGACAACAAGGAAAUACGAAAGUCAAGAAAGUACAAGAUCAGCAGAAAGGGAGCUCUGAAGAUAAUCGAUAUAACUUCUUCGGAUUCGGGGAUCUAUGCCUGCUUGGCGGGAAAUUCGCACGCAGAGACACAUUUGAUAGUGAAAUAUCGCUCGAAGGAGCAGAUAAGUAGCGAGGAAUAUUUACGACUCGGCAAUUCCGUUCACCUGCAACGAAACGUGAAUCUCGACUCGGCCCCGGCGAAUUCGGGCGAGAGUCCAUACACCGAUCACAUAGUCUACGGAAAAAGUUUUGACAGCGAGGACCUGAGCCACGAGCGUGCGUUUCCCAACAAUAAACCGACGAGAAAGCCGCAUCAGAAGAAGCAGAAGACCAGCCCCGCUCCGUCGGAUGCCACGAUGAUGCACAAGGAGCACACGGUCACCACGCUGAAUCAGCCGGGGUACCACGAAUCCGUGGAAUUGCCCGCUCCGUCGAGCGCCUCCACUCUCGUGCCACACCUGAGCUACUUGGUGUCGAGUCUGAAGGCCUAUUGGCCGUUUCGCAGCGAGACCUCCACGAGAUACAGCAACCACGGGAGCAACCGCGUCUCCACGCCGUUUAUCAGCGAAGGGACGGCGGCGACCGGUCAGCACAGGAUAUCCAGCGGACAGCACAACUUGAUGUACCAGAGCAUAGACGAGACCUUUGACAACUUGUACCGGAACACCGCCAUUCCUGACGAGACGUUCGGUCCAGACGAGGAGCGGAUAUUCAUCGACGUCGAUCCUUACGACCUGAACGAGUCUAUAUUCGGACCGCAGCACGGCAGCGAUGCCAAAUCGAUGACCGGCGCGACGGAGAAAGUGGACGACAAACACACCGCGAGGCAGGACAUCGAUUACAUCGAGGAGUCCCUGAAAAAUGUAAAGAGGCAGUGGCAAGAAUCGAGAGAGGAACACGGAAGUCGCACGAGUACCACGUCCAAGAGUCACGUUCGCGGCACGAUCGUGACCGAGUCCGUCACGUCACCGGAGAACGGUGCGACGAACGCGUACUACCUCGAGGACUCGAGCACGCGGAGGGAAGUGCCGGCAAAGGAGGGCGGCAACUAUGAAAACGAUGGUGAUAAAUCCAUCGAUCACGACUGGAGGAACUUGAGAAACGACGAUUCGUCGACCGUCACGUCCACGACGACGUCCAAGAGUCGCGGGAACCGGUUGAGGAUAUCGCCGGAUCAGAAUCUGCGUCGCAGUAUGAGCCACGCGAACAGGAGUACGAUCGAGUACAGCGACGCGUUCCUCGAGGAGGACGAGGAGGAGCCGGACAAGCGAAGGCCCGAACCACACGUGGAAAAUCGCACGACGGACUACUCGACUAUGCGAUUUCCGGCUGGCCGCGAUCUGGAGAGUAGAGGAGCCAGGGAGGAUACGACGUCGACGGAUGACCGGCGACUGAGCGUUGUCGAGGAGGAUCCCGACGAGGACGUGAACUUAUCUCGAGAGAAGGAUCGUCUCGAAUUCGCGGGGAAAAGCCUAUCGGUUAAUCCAAAGGCAGUGUUUGAAGAAAGGCAGCGUUCGACCGAUGGAGAUGGACCCGCGAACGUUUUGACUUUUGCCUCCGUGGGAACGAGGGAAGAUAACACGACGAAGGAUCCCAUUCUAGAAUCGCUCGCCGCAUUAGCUGCGGAUGAUGCGGAGAACCUGAUGUUCGAGUGGGUCACUACCGACUGGUCAAAGUGUUCCCAAACUUGCGGAGGAAGCGGAUUCCAGAUGCGGGGUGCACAAUGUACAGUUCGAUCAGCGAAAGUGAUCAACAACUCCACGCGCGUAAUGCGAAGAACCGUCAUCGACGCGAGACUGUGCGAGGAAGCCGGUCAUGCUGUGCCCGAGAAGGUGAGAUCGUGUGGAACGGGAUUAUGCCCUCAAUGGCACGCGACGGAAUGGACCCCGUGCGAAACGUCCAGAUGCUUUAAUUGGAAGACGGCGAUGCAGAAGCGAGACGUUAGCUGUCGCUUGGUGUACGACACGAAGAAUGGUUGGGAGAACGUCACGCUGCUGGAUCCGAGCAAGUGCGACGAAGCCUCGAGGCCGCUACAGAGACAAGAGUGCUACAACGAUGCCUGCAAAGGUGUCUGGAGGGUUGGCGAAUGGAGCGAGUGCACCGCAUCCUGCGAGAAAGAUGGUAUCAAGUACAGAAUUCUGCAGUGCGUUUGGUUCGGUACAAAGAAGCCGGCGGGGAACGCCUGCAGAGAUAUAUCACGACCGCCUGUCAUGAAGAUUUGCAGAGGUCCGCCUUGUUCUGAAGAGUGCAAGGACCAUACACAACUAUGCAGCACGGUGAAGACGAUGAAGAUGUGCAAGUCACCACUGUACAAGAAACAGUGCUGCGAAACGUGCCGCUAGAUUCGAGAGAUUGAUUGCGAGUGACCCAUUGUGCGGAUUAGACAAAAUGAGCGAUAACGAAGAGUGCGCAUGAUAUAAAAAGAAAGAGAGAGAGAGAGCAUGUGUGUGUGUAUAUGUAUGUGUGUAAAUUGCGAAAUUGGUCGAACAAUUAGUUCGUGACAUAUGUAAACGCACCCGGGAUGCCUGUUGUUAGCAAAUUAUAUAACACGCGACAGCAAAGCGCGUAUCACUGUGGAAUAAUGUUGCACAGUAUUACGGUAUGUCCGAUUUAUAGAUAAAGAAAUAUCCAAAAGAGGGACUUGACCAAAAAAGAAAAAAAAAGCUACACGUCGCUGUAAUAGUAUCCUCGUCGUAUCGUUGCGAAAGACUUAUUCACCUCCUUGCCUCGAACUCUUGUAACAAAGAAGAGAGUAACACGCCAAUCUUCACGAUUUCUAAUUCUGAUUGAACCGUAAUUUUUUAAUGUACGUCACGUCGCGUAGUACGACGCGAUUCCUCGAUUGCGCGCGCUCAUCGCCCCUAAUUAUCGGAGAAGGAAAAGAAGAAUGAAGGAAUGAAGAAAAUCUGGCAUUCGUCCAAAAACUUUAAGAGUAUAUUGUUAAAUAGUUCAACGAAAA